UCCUUACAGAGAUGUUUGGACUUGUGAUUCUGUCACGUCCAGUGUAGAGAUCAGUGCAGACCUAGAAUUCGUCCCAACCACUGUCCCUACUUACUUGGACGAUCCGCCCUUAACAGUGGGCACAAACUGGGCAACAGUCCCUGCAAUGGACUAAGUGCAGGGGCAUCAGAAAGGAGACACCGACGUGGAGAACGCUUCUACCUCUAGUGUUUAAACUUCCCGGAGUGACGUGAAGGAGGGCGUGCGUCACGUGAUCAGCGGCGGAGGUCGGCGUGCUCUCUAAAAUCCGCAAAGAGACGUUUCCUGGGGCGGACUAUACAAGAAGAUCCCCUGGUAGCGGCAAAGAGGAGGGAAAAUGAACAGGAAUAUCUUACAGCGGAUAGAACAAGUCGUCCAGAUCCACAAUGUUUGCCGACAGAUGAAUAUCCCUUGCCUCAGAAAUCUGUCCACCAGGCAAUGGAGACCUGUACAGAUCCCUUCUCAUUCCUUGGCUGCCGUUCAGCAUUGUCCUCAAACAAAUGUAUUCCUGAAGACAACAACACAGCAAUGCAGGUUCUUAUCUGCCAAGAAGGAGAAGGUGCAAAAGAAAGAGAAGCUGAAGCCAAUCAAAGUGAAAGAGCAGAAGAAAGUGGUAGAAGUGUGGCACGGCAUGACCAUUCGUGAACUGGCCAAAGCCAUGGACAGAGACAUCGAUGACGUUUACGAAAGUCUCAUGUACUCGGACUUUGAAGUAGACGACUUAAAACCAUCCUCCUCCCUCACUGCAGAGAUGAUUAAGGCGACCAUAAAGAAGUCUGGGAUGAAGUACGUGUACAUGGAGAAGAAAGUAGAAAAAGUCAUGGAAAAUAAAAAUGCUGUGAAAAGAGGUCCUGCAGACCCUUCUCUACUGGUGCCCAGACAUCCUGUAGUUACUAUAAUGGGACAUGUUGAUCACGGAAAAACAACAUUGCUUGACCAACUGAGGAAAUCCCAGAUUGCUGCAAUGGAGGCCGGUGGUAUCACCCAGCACAUCGGAGCAUUCAGCGUCUGUUUAGCUUCAGGAGACAAGAUCACUUUUCUUGACACUCCUGGACACGCAGCCUUUUCAGCAAUGCGGGAGAGAGGUGCUAACGUCACUGAUAUUGUUAUACUGGUAGUAGCAGCAGAGGAUGGUGUAAUGAAACAAACCAUUGAGUCCAUCCAACACGCCAAGAAUGCCAGAGUCCCUGUCAUCUUGGCUAUAAACAAGUGUGACAAACCUGAGGCCAAUCCAGAAAGAGUCAAGAUGGAGCUCUUAUCUCAUAAUAUAGUAUGUGAGGAAUUUGGGGGAGAUGUCCAAGCAGUUAACAUUUCUGCACUAAAGGGAGAAAACUUGCAAGCUCUAUCGGAAGCUGUAAUCACCCUAUCAGAGCUAUUAGAAUUAAAGGCCGAUCCCACAGGCUUGGUGGAAGGAACUGUCAUUGAAUGUCGCACUGACAAAGGGAAAGGUCCAGUGACCACAGCCAUUGUGCAGAGGGGAACUCUCAAAAAAGGAGCAGUGCUGGUGGCUGGAAAAGCCUGGGCUAAAGUGCGGUUAAUGUUGGAUGAAAACAACAAAAUGUUGAAUGAAGUGUUACCUAGCAUGCCUGUGGAAAUAGUUGGCUGGAAAGAGCUACCAUCUGCUGGGGAUGAAAUCUUGGAAGUGGAAUCUGAGCAACGAGCCAAAGAAGUUAUCCAGUGGAGAACAUUUGUAGAGGAACAGGAGAAAAUGAAAAAGGAUAUGGAAGUGAUUGAAGUCAAACAGAAGGAACACAGAGAAGCCCAUCGGAAGCACCUGGAUACUUUUAUUGGCAUGACCUGGAAAGAGAAAAGUGGUGUCUUGUAUAGGGCUAGGAAAAGUCUCAUGAACAAGAGACCAGGAGAGAAGACAACACGGGAUAAACCAAUAGUCCCCAUUAUAAUAAAAGGGGAUGUUGAUGGAUCAGUGGAAGCCAUUCUAGGUGUAUUGGACACAUAUGAGGCAGAUCAUGAAUGUGGACUGGAAUUGGUCCAUUUUGGAAUCGGGGACAUCAGUGAGAGUGAUGUUGAUCUUGCAGAAACAUUUAAUGCUUCUAUAUACGGAUUCAAUGUAAAUGUUAGCAAAUCCAUUCAGCAAACUGCUGCCAAGAGCGAUGUCCCCAUUAAACUUCACAAGGUUAUCUACCAUCUCUUUGAUGAAUUGAAAGAAGAGCUCAGCAGUACAUUACCAGAAUUAACAGAAGAGUCUGUGAAAGGUGAGGCUUCUGUUCUUGCUUUAUUUGAUGUCUCAGUUGGGAAGAAGACUGUACAGGUGGCAGGCUGCAGAGUGCAGAAGGGCUUUCUAGAUAAGAAGAUGAAGUUUAAAUUAAUCCGUAACAAUACCACUUUAUGGGAAGGAUCAUUAACUUCUCUUAAGCACCAUAAGAACGAUGUGCCAACAGUAAAAACCGGGGUGGAAUGUGGCCUGAGUCUGGACCAAGAUGUGGAGAUUAAAGUUGGAGAUGAAAUCAUUUGCUUUGAAGAAAAGACCGUACCUCAGAAAAUAUCAUGGGAUCCUGGAUUCUAGUUCACCAUUCUCUCAUUUCUUUACUGUUGCAUUGGGUUCGGACAAAUCUGAUACCACUUUUUUUUGCAUUAAUAAUCCUUAAAGUGGCAAAGAAAAUAACCCAUUGAUCAAGACUGUAACUUAGGCUUUAUAUCUCAGUAUUGGAAACGCACAUACUUGCUCUCCAUUUGCAUCAUGGGACUUUUUUGUUGAAAAACAAGUUCAUCAUGGUCUUGUAAAAACUGUUGUAAAAUCUGUCAAUUUUUUAUAUUUAUUUUUGUAAAAAAAAAAAAAAAGACUUGUAAAUUAAGAUUAAGGACUAUUAAAAUAUUACAGCUCUAGUGUUUUAUAUUUAUACUGCUUGUCUUAUUAUCGUGUAAUGUGAUUAAAAUGAAGAUG